AUGGAGUCAUGGAAGAUGAGCAUCUUUAGGAGACAAACAUCACCAUGUCCUCCGAGCUAUGGAAGAUCUUUGUCAGAACCUGAUUAUGCACAUUCAGAGAUAGGAACAAGCGUAAAGAGUUAUCCAUGGUGUGGUCCAAUGAAAAGCAAGAGGAAGAAAAAUGAACAGGCUGUUUCCAAUCUAGGAAAGCCACUGGGUGCUUAUCGGUGGCAAACACAUCCCAGCUUUAGGUGGAAAGGGGGCAAAAGGGAGCAAUUGCAAAAUAAUAAAGGAGGCUUGGAUGAACCACGACAAGAGGUCCUGCCGAAGAUGGUUGGGGAUAAUGUUUCUUCCUCUGCUAAUGAGGUCCUUGGAACAUCAAUGGAGAAGCAGAACCUGGUCAACACUCGGUCACUUCGGGUUCCAUUCAGCAGAUCUCUUUCAGAGCCAGAGCACCGCUGCAGUAUCAGAUUUGUUAGACGGUGGCCGACUUCAGUGGGGUCAAUGGAGUCUGAGCAGCAGGGAUAUUUCAUCCGUGGCAUUUUCUCUACUCCUUCCAGUGGCUUCUCCAGGAUGCUGAGUCUAAAAGGAGAAUCAACCAAUGAGCCAGUAAGAGAAGAUGUGAAAGGGCCACCUACCCAUCGUCUGUCUUGUGGCCAGUCACCCUACACCGACACAACAACAUGGGAGCGGAAGUACUGCAUCCUUACAGACAGCCAGCUGGUGUUGCUCAACAAGGAAAAGGAGAUACCUGUGGAGGGAGGACAGGAUCAGCAGACAGAUUCCACCAAAGGGCGAUGCCUGAGGAGAACUGUCAGUGUCCCUUCCGAGGGUCAGUUUCCUGAGUACCCACCAGAGGGCGCCGCUAAACUGGAGGUGCCAGCAGAAAGGUCCCCCCGCAGACGGAGUAUCUCAGGGACCAGUACAUCAGAGAAACCCAACUCUAUGGAUACUGCAAAUACCUCACCCUUCAAAGUACCAGGGUUCUUCAGCAAGCGCCUGAAAGGCUCCAUCAAGAGGACCAAAAGCCAAUCAAAGCUUGACCGAAACACGAGCUUUCGGCUUCCCUCCCUUCGCAAUACAGAUGACAGGUCUCGUGGGCUGCCUAAACUAAAAGAGUCACGUUCCCAUGAAUCCCUGCUGAGCCCAUGCAGUGCAGUGGAAUGUCUGGAUCUUGGUAGAGGGGAGCCCGUAUCAGUGAAGCCACUCCAUAGCAGCAUCCUUGGACAAGACUUCUGCUUUGAGGUUACCUACUUAAGUGGAAGUAAAUGCUUCAGCUGUAACUCUGCUUCAGAGAGAGAUAAGUGGAUGGAAAACCUUCGCAGGACAGUUCAACCAAAUAAGGACAAUUGCAGACGAGCCGAAAACGUUCUCCGUUUAUGGAUUAUUGAAGCCAAGGACCUUGCCCCUAAAAAGAAAUAUUUCUGUGAACUGUGCCUUGAUGAUACCCUCUUUGCUCGUACAACCAGCAAGACCAAAGCAGACAAUAUUUUCUGGGGUGAACAUUUUGAGUUCUACAGCCUUCCACCUCUUCAUAGCAUCACAGUUCACAUUUAUAAAGAUGUGGAAAAAAAGAAAAAAAAAGACAAGAAUAAUUAUGUAGGGCUAGUCAAUAUCCCUACUGCCAGUGUGACUGGUCGCCAAUUUGUAGAAAAGUGGUACCCAGUGAGUACACCUACACCCAACAAAGGAAAGACAGGAGGACCUUCUAUUCGGAUUAAAUCACGUUUCCAAACUAUCACCAUUCUGCCUAUGGAGCAAUACAAAGAAUUUGCAGAAUUUGUCACCAGCAACUACACCAUGUUGUGUUCUGUUCUUGAACCAGUAAUUAGUGUGAGAAAUAAAGAAGAGUUGGCCUGUGCCUUAGUGCACAUUCUUCAAAGUACUGGCAGAGCCAAGGAUUUUCUGACUGACUUGGUGAUGUCUGAGGUGGAUCGUUGUGGAGAGCAUGAUGUCUUGAUCUUCAGAGAGAACACCAUUGCCACCAAAUCCAUUGAGGAAUACCUCAAGUUGGUGGGACAACAGUAUCUUCAUGAUGCAUUGGGGGAGUUCAUCAAAGCUUUGUAUGAGUCAGAUGAAAACUGUGAAGUGGAUCCCAGCAAAUGUUCAUCUAGUGAACUGAUAGACCAUCAGAGCAACCUGAAAAUGUGCUGUGAGCUGGCUUUCUGCAAGAUCAUCAACUCUUACUGUGUUUUCCCUCGUGAGUUGAAAGAAGUGUUUGCAUCCUGGAAGCAGCAGUGCCUGAACCGCAGCAAGCAAGACAUCAGCGAGCGGCUCAUCAGUGCCUCGUUGUUUCUCCGUUUUCUGUGCCCGGCCAUCAUGUCUCCCAGUCUCUUCAACCUCAUGCAGGAAUAUCCUGAUGACCGCACAUCUCGGACUCUAACUCUCAUUGCCAAGGUCAUCCAGAACCUGGCCAACUUUGCCAAAUUUGGUAACAAAGAGGAAUACAUGGCAUUCAUGAAUGAUUUUUUAGAACACGAAUGGGGUGGAAUGAAGCGCUUUCUUUUGGAGAUCUCUAAUCCGGACACCAUCUCAAACACCCCAGGCUUUGAUGGUUACAUUGAUCUGGGCCGAGAGCUUUCAGUUUUGCAUUCCUUACUGUGGGAAGUAGUUUCCCAACUUGAUAAGGGUGAAAAUUCCUUCCUACAGGCGACCGUGGCAAAAUUGGGACCUCUCCCUCGUGUUCUUGCUGAUAUUACCAAAUCUCUGACUAAUCCUACACCAAUACAACAGCAACUGAGACGCUUCACUGAGCAUAACUCCAGUCCAAAUGUCAGUGGAAGCCUCUCCUCUGGGCUGCAGAAAAUUUUUGAAGACCCUACUGACAGUGAUUUGCAUAAACUAAAAUCUCCAAGCCAGGACAACACAGAUAGCUAUUUCAGAGGGAAAACGUUAUUGCUGGUUCAACAAGCCUCCUCCCAGAGCAUGACUUACUCUGAAAAGGAUGAAAAGGAAAAUAGCCUUCCUAAUGGCCGGAGCAUCUCCCUCAUGGACCUUCAGGACACUCAUGCCGCCCAAGUGGAGCAUGCGUCUGUCAUGCUUGACAUGCCAAUGCGCCUGACUGGAAGCCAGCUUUCCAUAACCCAGGUGGCCAGCAUCAAACAACUUCGGGAAACCCAGAGCACUCCCCAGAGCGCACCCCAAGUGCGAAGGCCCCUGCACCCAGCCUUGAACCAGCCAGGCAGCCUCCAGCCCUUGUCAUUCCAGAACCCUGUCUAUCACCUCAAUAACCCAAUUCCAGCAAUGCCAAAGGCCUCUGUGGAUUCCAGUUUGGAGAACCUAAGCACUGCCAGUUCCAGGAGCCAAAGUAACAGUGAAGACUUCAAACUCAGUGGACCCAGCAAUAGCAGCAUGGAAGAUUUCACUAAACGUAGCACUCAGAGUGAGGACUUCUCCAGGCGGCACACUGUGUCGGACAGACACAUACCUCUUGCUCUGCCACGGCAGAAUAGCACGGGGCAGGCCCAGAUCCGAAAAAUGGACCAGGCUGGGCUAGGUGCCCGAGCCAAAGCCCCACCAUCCCUGCCACACAGUGCUUCCCUACGUAGCACCGGGAGCAUGUCACUGGCAUCUGCAGCUCUGGUGGCCGAACCUGUGCAAAAUGGGAGCCGGUCCCGGCAGCAGUCCUCUUCCUCCAGAGAGAGCCCUGUUCCCAAAGUGAGAGCGAUCCAGAGACAGCAGACACAGCAGGUUCAGUCACCUGUGGACUCUGCCACAAUGUCCCCAGUAGAGAGGACAGCAGCCUGGGUUCUGAACAAUGGGCAAUAUGAAGAAGAUGUAGAAGAAACCGAGCAAAAUCAAGAUGAAGCCAAGCAUGCUGAGAAGUACGAACAGGAAAUUACUAAACUGAAGGAGCGCCUGCGAGUGUCCAGCCGGCGGCUAGAGGAGUAUGAGCGCCGGUUGCUGGUGCAGGAGCAGCAGAUGCAGAAGCUGCUGCUAGAGUACAAGGCCCGGCUGGAGGACAGCGAGGAGCGGCUGCGCAGGCAGCAGGAGGAGAAGGAUAGCCAGAUGAAGAGCAUCAUCAGCAGGCUAAUGGCUGUGGAAGAGGAAUUGAAGAAGGAUCAUGCUGAGAUGCAAGCAGUUAUCGAUGCAAAGCAAAAAAUAAUUGAUGCACAGGAAAAACGGAUCGUGUCGCUGGAUUCGGCCAACACCAGACUGAUGAGCGCACUGACCCAAGUGAAGGAGCGGUACAGCAUGCAGGUCCGCAAUGGCAUCUCCCCCACCAACCCCACCAAGCUUUCCAUCACGGAGAAUGGAAAACAUGCAAAUACCGAGAUCCAAACAAAACAGUUUAUCCCAUUGAGCAACGAAGACUGGUUCUGGAUGGACAGCUAUCUGAUUUGGGGAUACACUGUUCCAGAGGACACAGAUAAGAGCUGUUGUAUCAAAACUGGACUUUCGGAGUGAUUUCUAUUGAACUCCUGUUGCUGUUUAUUUCCUUCUGUCUGUAGCAGACGGGAAUUUUCCAUUUUAGAUAGGGGGCUUUUUUUUUUUUACCCCAGCUGUAAUAAAGGGUGUUCUUCUUCCUCUUUAGAGUUUACAAAACUAUAAAUAUUUGUGUCUCUAUAAACCAUCUGCAUCUUCACAUCCACUUGCCCUUUCCUCCCCCAUGGUGGGAGCAGUCGUCACCAACAGGGUUUACUCUCCCCUGGAGAGGUUAUUCAAAUAUGCUGUCCAUAAGCCAUCCGAAAUAAACACCCUUUCUUCCAUACAGAAAAGGGCUAACCAUACCAUACCAUGGCAGCAAUCUCUGAAUAUUUCCUAUCAAAAAUUUUUUUCUAUUUGUAAGUUAUAAUUUUGGUUUGGGAUAAAGAUUUUACCCAGUGUACUAGCAGAUCUCUGGGCAGGGUAAUUUUAUCUCAGUCUUUAACUUUUAAAUUGCUUCUUCCUCUAAUCCCCUCAGUAAAAUUUGGAAAAGAAAUCCAAAUCUGAAGCAUUGCUCUCUUAAAAGUCAUGAUUACUCUUAAUGAAAACUAAAAUACUAAAAGUGGGAGGACAGCACAUUCCAGCUGUUAUUCCCAUGCUCUUUGUAGAUUUGGCAAUAAUAACCCAGUUUCACUAGCUGUCAUCGUUGGCUUUAUUGUAGGACAGAUUUAUUGUAGGACAGAAACAGUCAUGGAAGCUAAGUUACUUCCUUUUUUCCAGAGGUGUGAAAUGUCAUCUUGAAUGCAACCUUGAUUAUCAGAAGUAUGGAAUGUUACAAGUUAAACAGAUAUUAUAUUUACAAGUAUAUAUACACAUAUACUCACACAUAUGUACAUAUAACUGCACAAAUAGGAAAAGUUCCUGCCUUCUAUGCUGUUGGAUAUAAUGUUUAAAGGGGUUAGAAUCUCUUUAAGCAAGAUCUAAGCAAUUGUUUAUAUUGAGAAAGCAACAACAUUUCUCAAGUAAGUUAAUGAUGUCUAGUUGAAAUUAUAAACCUUAAGGAAUUUUUUUUUAAGAAGGAAAAGGAGAAAGGAGGGAGAAAAAAAAACCACCUGAGGAAGCCAUAGACCUGGAGUGAGUGUUUCCACAUAGCAGAAUACUUAUAAGGAGACGAGAGAACAUUUAUUGUGUCCCCUUUUGGGUGAAGCCCCGAUAGAGACACCAAACCUCCAUUCCCACCGCACCCCCAGGCUUGCAUUCUGACCUCUUAAGCACUGCCCUCAGGUGGGUCUUUGUGUUGGGCCUUGCAUCUCAGCAACCUCACCAUGGUCCCCAGCCCACAACCUUUUAAAACAUUUCCCCUUCGUAACACUCCUGUUUCUGCCAGUCAGAGAUCUAAAUCAGGAGCUGCCCAGUGUGCUUAUCUGAUCUGCAGACUUCAUGCCCACAUGUAUUGGCACUUGUGCAUUUUCUUGACCCGUGAUCAUUAUUUUACAAAUUCUUCUCUCUUCCCUCCAAGCUGAGGGCACACUGUGGCCAAAUGACUUAUUUUAAUAGGAAAGAAACAUCACCAAUUCUGAAGUAGUGCUUCGUGUUUGGGGAGAGGGUAUGUAAACAUAGGUCCGUUCUUGUUUGUGGCUAUUUUCAGCUCUAGCCAUUCUUUAUAAAAGUCUUCAGAAAACCUGGUAAAAGAAUGGUCAGUUUCAGUGGCCUUAAGUAUGUAACAUGGGUAAUGUCUUACACUGAGGUUUGAAAGCUCUCAGGUGGUGGUUACGGAUGACAGAGGACUGAUAAACUAUAUUGGAGGGUUGGAGGACACAAAAUCAAAUAUGUUUUUUAUGGAUGCAGUACAUCUUGUCAGCAUUAUGGGAGCUUCUUAGAGGGCUGCCUACUUUGGAAGAUUAGAUGCCCAAAAUGUUUGGAUAGAUUAUGCAGCCCUCUAUUAUCAGGUUAUCUUGAAUGAAGAGAAAAGAGUAAACAAAUAAUAAAAUUAGAGGUAAGCUAGGAGUUCAGUGUAGUUGCCAGAUGUUAAAUUUUAGAUUAUCCUUUGAACCUAUUCCUGUCCGAAUAUUUUUCUGAGUAUUUCUUUAGAGAAUGCUGCAGUCUAUAGAACUUAUUCUGAAAGAUUUUUUUUUUAGUAUGGAAAAAGUCAGCAACAGCUGAUAAUUUUUAUGGAGGUAUUGCUUAAUUGGCUUUUCUUCAGCCCAGAUAAGUGCAUACCUCUCUUGCUGGGAGGAGGUGUAUGGUUGAAGAGAAGUGGGUGGAUUAUGAUAGCAUGUCUUGCACUCCUUCUGACACCCAACAUGUCACCACAUGGUGGGGUGCAGCAUAGACCAAGGCUGAAUGGAAUUUGGAAUUCCUGUGAAGUGCUUGCAAAAUGCUUGUCCAGAUGACAACCAGAUUUGGCCAUUAACAAGGACAAUGUUGGUAGGAUUUAGGAAAAAAGCUUUAUAUUUCCGUUUUAUUUUCACUGGAGCAAUAAGCUUUCUGAGCCAAAGCAGCAAAAAGGAGUAACAUUUCCUUCAAGUCAUCACAUUACCUGAGUCUCUGCAAUACAAGCCAUGAAGGAGGGGAGAUUAUAACUAGGUAACAAUGACAAACACUUGAGCACUUACUAUGAUCCAGGCACUAUCACCAAGAUACUGUUGGGGUCCAGGGCAGUCUGUUGUAAGGGAAAUGUGGUAAAAUGAGGUCAUCAUGCUGCUGUAACUUUGCCCUUUCACUUGGCAUUGAGUUGGUCAGAAUUAGCUUUCUCUAGUCUGCUUCUACCUUUCCCUUUCCCUGUAAUGGUGUUGCACAGUGAAAGAAAAAGUAGGAUUUCCUGUCUAGGACUGCUGUAUGCCCUUGAGAAUUAACUUGACUUUAAAAGUAAAGCUUUUUAGAUCUUAGUCUAUUUAUGGAUCUGUAGCUCUAGCGACCCUCGUUUCUCACUCUGUCCUCAGAGGCACACUGGGUUGAGAGCAGUUCCUUUUUGGAAGCCCCAGAGCAAGACAGUUGCCAUCAAGUGAGUUUGAUUACAAUUUGUUCUGCCUUCCAUCUAGGUUUAGUUCCAGUUACGUCCAGUUUGGAGUUUCUGAGAAGGCUGGUUGUGGGACUGAACUUGGGGAAGGAACCCUCCUUGGGAUUUACCUAAGGCCCAUGUGACCCUGACUAGAGUUGACACCAGACUAGGCUUGUCACUGGGCCUGACUCAGCAGCUCUGGAGCCCACACCAUACCUUCCCUGUGUUUUCACCUUUUGGGGGGGGGGGGUCACCGUCUACAGAUUAUGGAAAACCAAAAGGGCUUUCUUCUCCAUUCCCCUUCCCUUUUUCAAGUCUGAUAGUGAAGUCUCCUGCUCGCUUCAACAGUAAAUGGUUGCCUUCCCACCCCUUACCUGAGGGCCAAGAAUUUGGGAUACUUUGUUUUUAUCAAUAUGUCAAUGGAAGGGACCUAUUUUGCCAGUUUGUUUAAAAGCAAGAUAUGUUGGGGUGUUGAAUUUUUAAAUAGAAUCCCUUUUUGUGUCUGAGUGAUUGUUAUUAGUCCUAGAAGCAUUCUGUCAUGACCCAGUUAGGAAUGCUCUUGAGUUUAGGAAGGACAAAAGUGAUGAAAUUUGCAUGAGACAGAAUAAAUAUCUUAUGAGGAGUGAAAGAACCUGAGGAAGAUACAUGAUCCAAAAGGGGACUAAUGCACAGCAGCCUUCUCCAUAGCCCAACGGUUCAAGGAAACAGGAGGAUUUAUAUCCUUUGCCCAAUCUCGAAAUACGUAGAUAUAUAGAAAGGCCAUUUCUGUAGACAACAUGUGGGUACCCACACAAAACACACGAUUCCUAGGGCUUCCUUUUUCUGAAUGUUAAUCCAUCUUAUAGAGCAGUGAUUCCCAAACUUCCUUGAGAUUUUUUAGAUUUUAUGCUCUCCUUUGUUAGAUUUUAUGACUGGUUCUUUCCUCUUUAAAAUGUACCAUAUGUGUUAUAUGUAUAUAUAAGUUAAAGUGACUUGAAAUUUGGCUUGACAUUGUCUCAAGAACCCUAGAUAUCAUUAUUGAUACCUUGGGAGUCACAGAAAGAAAGUUGAAUAUCACUGAUGCGACAGUAGGAUACAGAAAGAAAUAGCUUUGGUUCCUGAUCAGUUAAUCCUCAGGUGUUUGAGGAACCAACCCAGCAAGGCUUGGCGAUGAGCCACCCAAGGAAAGCCAAGUGGUCGUUUGUGUCCAGAUUUCAGCAUGCAUUUUAAUUUCCUAUUCAGUUCUUAUUUUUCAGUGCCCUUGUUUUUCCCUAGGAAAUGUUUUAGUUUGGGAUUUAAAACCAGAUAUAUCUGUUGUAGAAAGAUUUCCACAGAAGCUGUGUUUUAGGGGCCUCGAUCAUCUGUGUGGGGCUACAAAUAUUUAAGAAUAACUAUCAUAUUUAUGUCACUUCUAAACUCCCAAGGGAAAAAAUUCAAUUCCCUGUUCACCAAAAGGUUAAAUACUAAUUGACCACUAUCCUGCAGAAAAUUUGAAAUAAAUAGUACAGGUUAAAUUUUGACUGGUGCUUAGACAUUUCCUAGUUACAUUAAAAUUAACUCAAAGCAGACAGCAGCCCAUUAACCUGAAUCACACCUGUGAGGAACUUCUAAAUUUGAUUUUGUUUUUCAUCUCCAGGGCCUUAAUAAGAGUGUGUUAAUACACAUGACUAUUUUACAAUGAUAGCUCUAAAUAAUUUAUUUUUAUUUCAAGAAAGAGAAAUACACAUUAGAAAAACAAAACCCAAGAUUUUAUUUUAUUUUUAAAGCCAUAUUUUUGUGCUAGUGGCACUUAGAUUGUUCCAUAUGUGAGAUCCAUAUCUGCAUUUCAUUACCUGGGUUUGUUCUAAAAGAAGAUUUAUUUUUGUUCUGUGAAUAAUUUUUGACGGUUCUUGUACAUGUACAGAUAUAGAUACGUUUGAGGUCUUUUAUUGAUAUUCCUACAAAGAAUACAAAUAAACUUUAACUUUAAA